AUCACAGUUAUCCACAGAAUCUCCGACAUGAAGAUUUUCGGCUUGUUUAUGUUGGUGUUGUGCGCCCUGCUGGGAUAUGUAGCGGCCUCCGCAAUCGGCGUUCCUGUGGCUGAGGUCCUCGAGGCGGAAGAGUCGAGAUGGGGACACGGUGGCCACCAUCAUGGCGGCGGUUGGCACCACGGUGGCGGGUGGCACCACGGUGGUGGGCACCACCACGGCGGAUGGCACCACGGCGGCGGACACCACCACGGUGGUUACUACCGCGGCUAAAGUUAUUCCUCGUACCUGUAGAUAUAAUGUUGCAUAGUAUUAAAUGAGAUUAUAUUACAUAAGUAA